UAUUAAAUUUUACCUCAAGGGGAACAUUUUGGUGACGGAGUGCUCUCUCAGCACCAAACUUUGGGCCACCAGACCGACCGGGCCUGCUAGGGAAGGGUCCCACACGAUGGCUUUUUUUCCCGGACAUUUUUCCAGCAAGUUCAGCAAAUUAUUCCUGGCCGACGUUUGAAUUAAACCGACGUUCACUUUUCCGCCCUGCAAAUGGGCGGACAUCAUGCACAAAGAAGCAAAUUAAUAACAAAGUGACAGCUGUCACGUAAACAUAACCUAUAAAACACAGAGUUAUCAAUAAAACAUAAAAAAAGGUAUCUUCCUUUCUUCCUGUUCGGUUAAUUUUUUGAUCGAUAGAUGGCACCACUCGCUAAUUUACUAAAAUUGUUUAUUUUUAGGGAUUGUGUUGACAAAGACCAAUAUACAGCAAAAGUUUAUAUUAUUGCUAAAGAAUUAAAUAAUAUUCGGUUAAAAUAUGCUUUUUAUUUCAAUAUUAUUCCAAUUAAAACACAAAAUAGUUGCGGUCAUUUGCGAUAGAUGGCGCUGCUAAAUUUGGCGCACAGUGCACUUGACAGUUAAAAUUUAUUGAUUUUCGUUGUUAAAUUUGUGCAUUAAAAAACCGUGUUAAUUUACGUUUGUCGUCCUGUCAAUAGAAUUAUAUUGAAUUAUUGUUUGUUUUUUCGUAUUGUGGAAGUGUGCCAACAGGGUGGAGAUUUAAAUUAAUGUAAAACAAGUCGAAACGGGGUCAGCACAAAAGUGACCAGGACAAGGGUGUUUUUGGUGUUUUUAAGAUAAUAAAUCGGAAUUAUAUACUUUGCAAGCGCUCACUGCAAUCAAGACAUGGAACCUCCAAACUUAGAAACGGGUGUUGAUUUCCCCAAAAACCCGUUGCUAUGCCCAAUAUGUCAUGACUACUUCACCGAACCUUGCAUUUUGAAUUGCUACCACACUUUUUGCGCGCGCUGUCUACGCGGGAGGGAACAAGACCGCCGUUUAAUAUGCCCAUUUUGCAGGCAACCAACGCUACUAAAAGAUGGUUCCACGCUACCGCCCCCUGACGCGUUAAUGCGUCAACUGAUCGACAUCGCAAACAGCGAAAAUCCGCCGUGUUCUAAUUGCGAUAAAAGGGACAGAUCGAACAUGUAUUAUUGCAACACUUGUGGGCAAGCUUUGUGUAUUAUGUGCAGAGAUAACACCCACCGAGCCAAAAUGUUCUCCACUCAUGAAAUCGUGCACAUGACAAAGUGCAUGAAGGAACCCAAAAGAUGUCUACAACACGGAGAACCUUACAUAAUGUUCUCCCCGGUGCAAAAUUUAAUGCUCUGCGUGAACUGCUUCAGAGAUUUGCCCACAGACAUAAGAACCCAGUGUUUGGACAUCGACACGGCUCACACCCAAGCGGCAAAACGCUUGGAACGCGGCCAAAGCGCCAUUAUGGACCUGCAAACUUCCGUGCGGGACUCUAUAAUCGCUCUAAAGAACUUGAUGGACGAAUUGAGGCGGAACAUGGACUCCGAAAAACACACCAUCAACACUUUCUGCCAGGGAAUGCAGGAGGCCAUGGCUAAAACCCACGCGGCCAUGAUUAUGGAGGUUCAAAGGCAGUUUGAGAGCAAAGAUAGGGUUUACAGGAGUCAGCUUUUGGUUUUGGGUACCGUGAUGCCGGUUUUGCAGCUGCAUUUGGUGCUUUGCACCACAUUCACAGCUGCGGCUAAUAAGUAUCAAUUUUUGGAGCUGAGUCCUUCGCUUAUUGAGCGUUUGAGCGCUGUGAGUCAGUUGAGUCAGCCUGUCAGGUCCCUGCAAUCUUCGACGAUAAAGACGAACUAUCGUUCGGAGUUCGCGCAAUCUUUGGAGCCGUGGAUCGGGCAGCAGGCCGUGAGUCAGCACCAAUCGGAGUUGGCGGCUUGUACUUCGCAGAAGAUAUACGAUUCCGCGCCGGUCGUGACGAAAAAACAGCAAACUUCCAUGAAGAACAAGCUUCUGGAGGGCGACACCGCGUUUUCAUCGCACUGUAGGUCCUUUGAAUCCAUGAUUAGAGAGCUGAAUCAGAAAUUUAACACCGUCAAAGAAAAAGUGGGGGAUUUACACAGGGAUAUUUCGGUGCUGCGUAAAGCACAGACUCCACCGUUGACGACCAGAUACGAAUUGCUAUCGAGGGAGUGUCUACACCUUGAUCAAACUUUAGAGAGACAACAGCAGGAAUUGGAUCGUAUGGCGAAAUUAUUCGACGAAUCGUGGGAGGAAACUUUAUGGCGCCUGAGAAUCGAGCAGGAAGUUUUCAGUUGCCAAAGAACGGACGUUAACACUCUAAGAAACGAGUUAAAGCAUUUAACACAGGUUGCCACGCAAUUGGAACCGUAUAUAAGAUCUCUAACUCCCCAACAGCAAAGCGAAAAAACGUCCAGUGAACAAGCGGAGCAUUUAACGUCGCUAUUACAGCACAUAGGCAUCCUGCAGCAGUCUGAGGCGGCGCUGGGCAAAAUACCGCGCUCUAGAUCCCGCGUUCUAGGCCAACUGCUCGAAAAAGUGCGCCCGAACAUCCAAGAACGCGAGAGAAGUAAAUCGGCUGGCAGUCAGAGCGAAAAACCGCAAGGUACGCCGAUGAAGCCGAAAAAAUCAAUCGGUAGCACGCAGCAGAUCAGCAUCGAUAGGUUGGAGCAGCACAUAAAAGAAAAGUUGCACGAUAUGAUGUGCAGAAGGCAGUCUAGCCAACCCACGUCGAAAUCUGAUACCGAAACCGACCGGAAGUUGUCGAAAGACGACCGGAAGUUGUCGAAAACCGACUUGGAGUCCAUCGGAAAGUUGGGCGCCAAGCAGAGGAUCAUGUACAAAAAAAUCGGGAAAAGCUGCGACAAAAUCAAUGCGUGCAGCAAAUCCGAAGGUGAAACCAAAAAAUCUCGCUCAGAGUCGGAGUAUCAAAGAAUUUCCGACGCAACGUCGCAAAACGUGAAAGCACUCGUGCACGAAUCAAAAUCAAGUCCGAGCAGCCCAAAAUGCAAAAACAAGAUGAAAAUGCAACAAAGGCAAAAAAAACCGAAGGUGUAUCCGUACAGCGAUGGCGAAGACAACGUUUUUUAUUCGAUGAACGAUUCUGCGGAUUCUUUGAGCACCUCUUCGAGGAGAUCGUCGUUCGACGCUCAAGACAAAACGUUCGUGGUCGUGGUGAGCAAAAAAUCGAGCAAAAACAUGACGGCCGCUCAGAAGCAGCGGUCCUGGGAGACUUUCCCGCCGAAACGUCGAAAUCACAUGUGCCACAAGGUGUCGGCGCCGGCUCCGAUGCCGCUCAAAAAAGCGGACUCGUUUGAAGGGCACGAGGAGGCGGUCAAGUCGCUGGUGGCGGCGGUGCAGGAGACGCGCAGGAAACCCAAAGCGGGAAACUAACAGGAAUCGCAGGAGGACGCGCACAACGGUUACUGGAAAAUACUGAUGUAUGCCAAGUUUAGGGGCAAAAAUUGAUGAGGGUUUGCCCCGCAAUAAAUGGUCUAAUUGGCCCAUAAUUAUUAAUAAUCACCAUAUUUGUUGAUGAAAUACUGCCACAGUAGCUAGGUAAAAACCGAUAAAAUAGAAAAAGUCGUUCAAAAACAUAGAAGGCCUAGACUUAGUUACAAUCAAGUUGCCAUGGACGAAUUUUUACAACUGUCACUUUGUUAAACGUCAAAGUGACGUUUAAUACGAAUUUUUGACAGCUUUCACUUCGGUAAACGUCAUGGAGUUUAAAAAUAACGUAUGUUUAACCCUUGGUAGAUAAUUGUAGAGUGUUUUAAAAUUUAAAAAAAAUAGCUAUAAUUAAAUGUUGACUCGUAUUUUGUUAUGUUUGUCGUUGUUAAUUUAUCGUUUUUUCGUAUAAUCGAUUUUAAAAGUGUUAAAUAAAGGCAUUUUAAUCA